GCGACAUUGAUAAAUAGUGAAAAAUAUACAAAUUGCAUUUAACAUUGAAUGCGUAGUUUUUCAACUAAAGAUGGAUGGUGAAUAUGAAUUAAUCAAACAAAUUAGCUAUCUCUGUGUGAAUUCGAUAUCGACGGUUUUUCUUCUCUACAUCACUAUCUGUCAAAUAGUCAUCUUUAUCAGGAAACGUUUGUACAGAAAAAGACUUCGAAGCGUAAAGGAAGUUUUAAAACCUUCAAAUAUACCGCUCGUUAUGAAUGCCAUUCUCAUCAUUUCAGGGAUCUUUGGUAUUUCGUUGAGUGCUUGUCUGAGUGCGGUGAAUGUUAGUAAAGUGAUUUAUUGGAAAUGUUUCGUCAAAUUCAAAAAAGAAUAUAUGGAGAAUGAAACGGAAAUUUCUGUCAUUAAAAAAUGUUUUGUCAAUUAUGGUGAUCAUAUGACUAAGUUAUUUUCAGCCGGUCAGUUUUUCUACAUGUUCUUGAUAACAUUCAUAUACAUGUUGCUGUGGUUACGACAAACGAUGUUCAACACGGAGCCAACUUUAAAACGACUUUCAUCAAAAUAUUUGAACAUUUUCAGUUAUUUUCAAGGAUGUUUCAUUAUAUUAUCCGGCGUGAUACUGGGGAUAUCAUGGAUGUACUAUCUGCGUUAUGCCGAUCCUUUUACAUUUAUCUUUCUCAGCAUUCAGCUCGAGAUACAGAUUUCCGUCCUCAUUCUCUUUUUAGUUCCGUUAAUCAAACACCAACGAAGCCUGAAAUUUCUUUAUCAAAAUCCAAACCCUCCUGAUCGUCUCAUACGACUGAUGAAACGUUCUACUGCAGCAACGAUUGUUGCUAUGGUAACAGACAUAGCAACAAUCGUAGUGUUCCAAAUAGCUUCCGAAUAUUUGAUGUCGAUUAAUGCUCUCCUAAAUAUGUGUUGCGUUAUAUUCUGCUUCGCCGAUUGGAGAGAAAAGUUCAUUCCAUGUCUUGUAUUAUGCACAAAUGAUAAAGCGGAAGCCGAACAAGUUGAUGCAAAAUGA